GGCAGCAAACUGCUUGGGCCGCCGCUAUGCUGGGGAAGGAUUACAUGCUGGCUAUCAUCAUUGUCAACUAUGACGACAAUCUCUGGAAUGAUCAAUCACUCGAGAUAGACCCAGACCUCCCCCCGGGGUGGAGAACAAUCCAGGACACGAGCGGAACAUAUUAUUGGCAUGUACCAACUGGCACUACCCAAUGGCAGCACCCGGCGUGCAUCUCGGAUAUCAGCCUGGGCUCCAAGAAACUGUCAACAGCCCUGUCACCAACCCUAGAGCACAAGGCUCUUGUCCCAAGUGCCGCUGCAGUGAAUCGUGUGUCUGGAGGAGGGAAGUUCAAGAGCAAAAUGCCAGCUUCUUCGUCGAUAAAUCUGAGGAGCGAACUCCUGUGGCAAGACAGCAGCCUCCAGCUCAACAGCGACCCAGAUUCAAAGUGUUUCGCAGUGAGAUCCCUGGGUUGGGUAGAGAUACCAGAAGAGGACCUGACUCCGGGGAAAAGCAGCAUUGCCGUGAACAACUGUAUCCAACAGCUCUCCUACAGUAAAUCUGAGGGAAGACAGAGUGGGCUAGCUUGGGGAGAGGGUCAGGAUAUGGUGAUGGUUCUUAGGAAGGACACCUUGAGCCUGGUGGACCCUGUAGAUCACAGUUUGAUUCAUUCUCAACCAAUUAUCAACAUUCGUGUGUGGGGAGUUGGUUGUAACAACGGCAGAGAUUUUGCCUACGUAGCGAGUGACAAGGACACAUGCAUGCUGAAGUGCCACGUGUUCCACUGCAACACACCUGCAAAAGCCAUUGCCACUGCUCUUCAUCAGAUGUGCUCCCAGAUCAUGGCGGAACGAGCAAUGACUGGUGACUCAUCCAAUGUCUCGGGUAUGGAGGAGGGCAUCUCCCCAGUCGACUUGCCACUACAAGUUGAUCUCCUGGAGGCGGUGAGGCAAUCUGUGCAGAGGUUUAACGUUCAAUAUAUUGGCUGUCUCCCUGUGGCCAAUUCAAUGGGGAUGAAGCUGGUGAAUGGGGUGAUCAGGAGUCUGCUGGAUUCAGUGGACAGACAUGACUGGUCAUCAGUCCUCCUGCAAGUCACAGAUACCACACUGUCUGUGUGUAAGGGGCAGGAGAGCAGGGAGCCGUGGUGGGAGUGCCGUGUGCGGUACCUGACAUUUCUGGGGAUCGGGAAGGACCCACGCACUUUUGGCCUCAUUGUGGACACAGGACUCCAACGCUUCGAGUGCCAUGUUUUCUGGUGUGAGCCUGACGCUGGCUGUAUCUCCGAGGCCAUUCAGGCCGCUUGCAUGCUGCAAUAUCAGAAGUGCUUGGUGGCCGGAGGUCCCUCAUCAAGACCCAAGAGGGCCAUCCGCUCGCAGUCGCCCCCCGCAGGCCUGAAGAAGCACCUAUCGCCCCCAGCGACUGAUGGUGCGGGACCCGCGCCCGGACCCCUCCUUUCCACCCCCAAGUGCACUGGCGGCUCCAAUCUGAAGCGUGGCAUGCUGGCACUACUGGACACUUUCAAACAUAAGCACUCGGUGUUACAAAUGCCAUAG